CAAGGUCAGAUACCCUGACACUCAACACAAAAAGGGGACCACGCUGUUUGAACACAACCAGAGGAUUAUUGUCCGAUUGGGAUUAGCCAGGUAGGAUGCAACAUGGAGCCCUUGGAUUUUUUCAUGUCAUAGAAAAUAUAAUCUCAAAGUAGCAUAGAUUACUUUAAGAUCUUUCCCCUUGAUUUCUGCUUGAGUUUUAGGUUAAGAUUAAAUCUGUGGUUUCAUGUCCCCACCAAUUGUAGUUUCCCAAACCUUCACAAGAUGGGGUACUAGCUCUUAGUAUUCAUUAUAUUAUGCAGUAGAUUGUAAAAGGAUCUAUAGCAAACCAAGACAUUCUUAAGUUUUGCAUUGCAAAAAGUGAACAGGGCCCAAUAUUUUUUUCGCUUUUAGAAUAUUUGUUUUAUAACAACUUUAUCUUUUUCAACUUUAUUUAUUUUUAUCAUUUGAUAAAGUUAAAUAGUGCAAUUUUUUUUUGCAUAAUAUGCAUAUAUGAUAGAACAGCUGCAUAGUUCCAUAACUUUGGCACAAGUCAAGCUAUGAUUUCACAUUCAACCUAAAACAAUACCCCUUUCUUUCUAUGAUUGGUCCUGUGACUUUUAUUGAGCCAAUUAUGAAAAUUGCCAAAACAUGCCCUUGAGUAAAGUACGUUACAAUAUCUACUAUUAAUAUAAUAUGGCAUUUUAUUUGAUUUGACAUGCUUUCACAUCAUUACCAGAAUCCAGGCUUACCUUACCAGAGAGAAAAUAUCGUGGAGCAGAAAGAAUACGUAGGAAAGAGUGAGACAUUACUCAUUACACUCCAUAGUGCUGAGUCGCGCCCGUGGUGUUUUGGAUUUGAUGGAUCACAAACUAUGAGCGAUGCGCCACUGCGGCCACAGAGAGCUUUGCGAAACGACUUUGGUUUAGUCACGAUUGGUGUCUCUUUAACACUAGCAAGGCCACAGAAACAAAGAACAACUGCCAAGAUCUGUGCGUUACGUAACGAGUGCUGCAUCCACAAAAAAUUGUAAGAUAAACUAACGUCCCGAUUCGAAUAACAUUAUUUCCAACGAAUAUGGCAUUCGCCGCGGUGUGACUCCCUAUCAAUGUCAGAGGUCUCACCCAGGGUCCAAUUUAAGAAGCAAAGCGGUCUUCCUUCACCACUUAAACCAAUGGUGAGUUACAGAGGCUUUCGGUCAAAGUUCACAAUUCAUUUAUUCAUUCCUCCACUGAACUAUUCUUAUUAGGAGAAGGAGAAGACAGACAUCGACAAGAUCUUUAUACCGAUGCCAAAAACCAUAGUACUGAGGAGGUUAAUGCUCAACAGUUUUUUGGUACGGACAACAGAAGUCUUGAUGUACUUUCAAGAAUGUGGCGCAAUAUUUGUCUAAAUUUAAAACCCUUUUAAUACUCAAACAUUUGGAAAGGUCAAAAUGGUUGCAUUCACAUUGCUUAAAGUUUCAAGUAAAAAAUACAAACCUCUUGCUUUUACCCCUAAGUGUUAUCAACGGCCGGAAUAGCCACAACCUCCCCCAAAAAAGUUUUCUUCUUAUCUGAACUUUGCAUGACCAGUUAAUUUCUAAUGUGUGUGUCCCUGCUUUACGAUAAAGGAUGUUCAUAAGCGCCCGAGACCAAGCUUAUCAUGUCUCCACACACUCUCUCUCUCUCUCUCUCACUCACACUCACACUCACACUCUCUCACACACACACACACACACACACACACACACUUCUCGGCCAUGCUUCAUCCGUCGCGUCUUGGUCCCAGUGUCACUAGUUACUGAGCUGCCGGUAAAUGGAGGUUUUAAUCAAGAGCCCCUGCCUGAUCCUCAGAGACGUGCUGCGGACGGAGGCGGGCCGGGCCUUCCUGGGAAGGCGGAGGUGCAGCCAGCUCACGGCGAACGGCACGCAGACGUCGCCGAAUACCAACGGCCAGACACCGCCCUCCUCGGGUCGCAGGGGGUCGAGGUCGGAGGAGGUGCAGAAGGGGAAGAGGAGAGCCCUCGCCCCUCAGUCCCCGGCCUCCAAUUUGAAGACGCGGGUCGGGGCCUCUCCAAGGGUCCCCGACCACCACAUCACCCCCAGGAGGCCACAGGAGAAGGCCAGCCAGAGGAGAGAGGCAACAGGAGUCAGGGAGCCCUCGAUAAGACCAGACGGCCGAUAUCCAGAAGGAAGAGCCCUUAUAACCGCGUGGGCCCCCCACUGCGUCCCCGGCGGGGGGCCGUACGCCACCCCCUGGACCGGCAGUCGGCGAGGCCUUCCUCGAGGCAGAUGGACGGACCCGGGAUCGAACGGGCGACAGAUCCUACUGAAGAGGCGGAGCCACGCGCCGGGCGGGCACCGCAACGGAGCGCCCACGGCCGCCAGCGACCUCUCACGGAGCUUUUUCCGGCACCCCGGCGAUGGAAAGGCAGACGGAGAACCCCAAAACAAACGGCCGUUCCUCGUCCGGGGCAGAAGCCAUCCCAGCCAAUCAGAGAGCCCGGCCCGCGGGCCGGUGCGAAUCACCCUGGACAGACGGGCGUUGUCUGGGAGAGAGUGCGUGAGGCCGAGCGUUUCUCCAUCGGGGGCCGGGAAGUCGACCGCAUCCCCUGGACUGAACAAGGACGACAGCGGCGCCUCUGAUCCCAUUGUGCUGUCCAGCGAUGAGAGCGAGGCAGGCGAGCCGGACCCCCGCUGUAGUCCUGUCAGCCAGCUCAAGGUUUGUGUGGGAGCGACGGGGUCUCUGAAAAAGGCUCCAAAGAAAACGGCGGUCGCUCAGGAAGAAGACACCAACACAAAGGUGGUGGAGGACAAAUUCCCAGAUGAUGAAUUGAAGGCUUUUUUAGUGUCCAGUAUUUCCAGUCAGGAUUACUCGUGCACGACCCUCUCCUUCUAUGCCCUGCACUCUGGAUGCUACAAGGGGCUUUCUAACGGGAACAUCAUGAUUCAGGGCAGACGACUCCUCAUACCGUUAAAAGACUCCAGUAGCAAGCUGCCGGUGCUAUUUGCGGUGGAGUUUAAGGAGCUGCGGAGCUACAGCUUGUGGGAGCAGAGCGAGUUGCAGGCCCGCGGGCUGCGGUACCAGAGCGAGCACCUCGAGCCCCCCAUGUUCCUCCUGCUCCUGGUCUCCUACCCCCAGGCCGUCGCCACACAGACGCUUCUCCUCAAGAUGUCAGGCCAACAGCGCACGGACAGCCUGGGUCAGGUGAGCCCCUUCCUGCUGCUGAGCCUGCGGACCAGGAUGGAAGGCGUGGAGUCGGCCGUGCUGCGCUCGGCCCUGGAUCUGGCCUCCCUGAGCAACCUGUCCGAGCUGCACACCGACCGGCCCGUGGACAUCCUGAGCGAGCUGGACGACAUCCAGUCGCCGGAGAUGUCUCUGGACGACUCUCUGGAGUUCAUCAGGAGGAUCGGGCUGGACCCCCAGCUUCUGAGCUUGCUGGGGGCCAAGGACAGUCCGGAGCUCGCGCCGGAUCCCCCCGCGUCGCCCCCGGAGCCGGCGGCACUGUUUGACCUGCACAUCCAGGUGUGCGACCCCGACACCGGCCUACCGUCGGAGCCCAGCACCGUGAUAGACGACGAGGCGACCCCGGCGCUAGAGAGCUCCGCGCAGAGCGACGAGAAGGCGUGCCCCGCCGAGCCGACCCCCGCUCCCGUACCCGAGCCCGCCGAGCGAGAGUACACCCUGUGUCACCGCCGAGCCGGGGAGUCCUACACGGUGACCCGGGCCACGCCAGAUGCCAGCUGGACCAAGUUCAAGCACCAGGGGCUGGCACGCAGGCUCAUCCAGUUCCCUCCGCCGCCAUUGAAAGGAGGCAUCACUGUGACGAUGGAGGAUCUUCAGUGCCUUGACAGCGGACAGUACCUCAACGACGUCAUCAUCGACUUCUACCUCAAGUUCCUCCUGGACCAGGCCCCCGCGGCGGUGGUGGAGCGCUCGCACGUCUUCAGCAGCUUCUUCUACAAGCAGCUGACGCGGCGCGACAACGCCAGCGAGGACGGCACUGGCGCCACCGUCAGCCAGAGCCUGCGGCGCCACCAGCGGGUCAAGACAUGGACGCGCCACGUGGACAUCUUCCAGAAGGACUUCCUGUUUGUGCCCGUCAAUCAGGAGGCUCAUUGGUACCUGGUGGUCAUCUGCUUCCCUGGUCUGGAGGAGCCGUCAUUUGCGCGCCGGACAGAGGCCGGCUGGGAGCCCACGUCGGGGGACAGCGGGCCCUCCAGCCCCCCGGUUCAGGAGGUGGCCUCGGGCCCGCCGGAGUCGGAUGGCCCCAUCCUGGUAGAGCCUUCGUCGCCGCUAACCGUAAAAGCAGAUGGGCCGACGGAAAAAGUUGGAGAGGAGGCCACAGAAAACAGCCAACCCGGUCCCCCGAAUUGCACAGAGGCGACCUGUCAGAGGGACACUGUGUGCAAAAGGCCCUGCAUCCUCAUCAUGGACUCCCUCAAGCUCUCCCUCCACGAGCGCAUCUUCAAACUCAUGAGGGAGUACCUGCAGGCGGAGUGGGAGGUCCGGCGGGGCUCGACGAGGGACUUCAGCGCUGAGCAGAUGAAGGGGGCCCACUGCCGCGUCCCCCUGCAGGACAACUGCAGCGACUGCGGCCUCUACCUCCUGCAGUACGUGGAGAGCUUUCUGAAGGACCCUGUGCUGCACUUUGACCUCCCGCUGCGCCUGGAGCGCUGGUUUCCACGGCAGCAGGUCCGCAGGAAACGAGACGAGAUCCGGGACCUGGUGCUGUCUCUCUACCGGCGGCAGCAGCAGCCACAGCUGGGCCCUGCGGGGGCCACAUAGCAGACCUCACAUCGCAGGACCCCCGUCCUGGAGCUACUGCCAAAGCUGCUCAUACUGAGCAAACAGACGAUUUCAGCGUGAUCUGAACAGUAUUCACUUUCCAAUAGGUUUAUGGGAUGUAUCAUGGGACCACCUCGCAAGUGCACUCAAAUCUGAGCUUUUAUAACGGUGUGCACAAAGAAAAGUUAAAAGUACCCACUCUUGAAGUAAUUCAUGUAAGUAUAUUUUGGUAGAGGAUAUUUUAAUUGGGUUUGAGACGGUCAGAGUUUAAUUGUCGUUCUCAUGCCUUGUUUUAUGGCCUUGCGUGGGCAAUGAGCUAGGGACCGGCCCUCUUUUGGUGUCAAAAGAUGUUCAAGUUGAUUUCAAAUUAUUUUUUGCAAAACAUGUCCACCAUUUUAACAUUUUUAAUUUGGACCUACUCAGACCCUCUCUCAUCACACCUGCUCAGCACCUGACAGCUCAGCCUGAGGUCUGAGAAGAAUUCCUGAAUGCAAGACAUAGCUGUUUGAACCACUGCUGCCUCAUUUCUGUCUUAAUACUGAUCCAUUUUGAUAGAAUUUUUUAUCCUUUUACGUUUUGUUUAUAUAUUAGCCUUAAACGUUGGGGUAAUUUUAUGCCGGGCGUUCAAGUGUGAAAUAAUGUUACACCUUUUCUUUUUAUACAAAAAAGCAUUAAAACAUCUACACUAAAACUUACAUUUUCCUUUGUUUUAGAAAGUCGUUGGGUUUAGGUGUUUGUGAGGACUUUAGCUUCAUGUUUUUUAAGAUUUAAGAUCACCAUCAUAGACUUUGUAUAGUGACAACAUCUUCCGGACUGAAGGCGUCACCAGACAGAGAUGCUGUUUUGUCGUAUAUAUAUAUAUUGACAAAUUAGUGUUUAAAUGGGUGUACUGAUGUUAUCUCUUUGAGAGGGUUACAUGACCACGUUAAGUGUUUGUACCUAAUCUGGGAAAUAUUUCUGCAUUGGAGAACAAUUGUCUUAUCUCCAAUGUCCUUGAAUGCCACACACACACACACACACACACACACACACACACACACACACACACACACACACACACACACGGGAUGAUUUACUACACCGCAUUGCUCUUACGUUAAGCUUUAAUCACAUCAUAUAAAUAGACCCUUGUUACAAACAAGGGGAACUUUUAAUCCGCUUUCAUUGUCUACCCACUGAACUCUUGUCAUUAAAGAGCCUUGUGGAGUCUUAAGUCUGCCUACCUGUGAUUGCUCUCGGCGGUCAGAGACUCGGUUACCUCUCUGUGUGUUAAUCCACCAUUAGAGGAAAUAAAGGUCAAAGUAUAGGUAAUGUAGUCUACUUUAGUCAAGGAAGAUUGUUAAAGACAUAUGUCAAACUUGCUGCUUUUUGUGCAAAACAGUAAUGCAAAAAAGUUGCACAAUGCAACACAAACAAGAAAAUUCGGUAACACUUUAUAUAAGGUGCCUUAAUAAAUAGCAAACUAAGUCAUUACCUAACCCUUUGUUAAUUUUUGUUAAUUGUUACAAAAAUAUCUAUUUGG